AUGAGCCUCGCGCAAGAAUGCUUCUUGCACGUCUCCACAAAUAAGACAGCCAUCAAUACAUUCAAUUACAUCGUCAGCAGCACAUGUUUAUCCGCAGCCCCUGAAAACGCGCUUCUAAGCACAGGAUACUUCGAAAAGUUGCGAGCUAUAGCAGCGUCCAUGGCCGUGCAGAAGAAGCGUACCAGCACCUCAGGGGCGACGGUCGAGAAUCUUGAUAGCUGCCUGGCAGCCGCAGUCUUUGUCCCAUUUGUCGGCUUUGAAUCCUUAACUGAACCGCCAUCUCAAUCCGCUCCGCCAAAGCCCAGGCAGCCUGCUGUAAAAAGUGCUCGCGCGCUUCAGCGUAUACAGGCACACCAAGAUGUGGUGCGCGGUCAAAUGAUGGCUACCAUCCUCCAGCAGGCGGAACGCUUAAAGGUCGCAGCGAAGCAAGAAAUUGAAGGAAGCCACGGCUACAAGGUCCAAUUAGAAGAUGGCGAGGUCAGUGAGACCAGCGACAUCGGUGAGAGUCCAGAGAUAGAGGAGAUGUUUCGCCGGCUGACGGUGCCACUGCAGCCGGGGAAGAACUACGAGCUCACCAGUUCCACGCCGUUUCUUGAUAGCCCUAUCAUUGCCGCCGUCACAUCACCGGAGCCCCCAAGUGAUCCCGCUGCCCUAGAACGCCAAAUUCGUCAGCGGUUGGCACAGCAGCUUCAGAUUCUACUGCACGAAGGCAUACAGCGGCUCGAACAGUAUGAUCUCCACUGCUGUAGCGUACAGGAGCAGUGCGAGGCGAGCCUGGCUAGCAGCUACAAGGCAUCAUGCUCUGAGAGCCCGCGUCGUGCCAGUCUCCCGUCAUCAAAUGCCUCGCGCCGUACGUCUGUUGAAGUGGCACGGCUCAGCAACGGUAUGCCGGUUAGCAUGGAACGUGCGCCUGUACGCAAACUAGAAAGCCUCGGCGAACUCACGCGUCGCAGUAAAUAG